GAGCAUCAUUCUUCCCGCCAGAGUCGCCGGUUGGUAGGCUUUGUAAGAGAGAGAGAGAGACAGAGAGAGAGAGAGAGAGUGAGAGAGAGAGAGUAAGAGAGAAAGGGAGGGAGAAGGAUGAAUAAGAAAAAGAGAGAACUGGGUGUGCGGUGAACGGGUGCGAGGGAGCUAGCGAGGGAGCUAGCUCAGCUAAAAGGUGGGAGAAACUUGAGCAAGUGAGGUAGAGUGGGAGGACCUUACGAAGAAGAGAGUAAGAGAAAGAGAGAGAGAGGGAGCGUAUCGCGCGGCGCGAUCGGCGUACCGAGCGAACGAACGGAGAGUUGGACGUUUCUCAGUGUCGCCGCGGCGUUCGUGCUAGUUGUUUCUCGUCUGAUUUUAUUUUUCGCGCUGCCGGUUAAAAUCCGUUCGUGCAUUCUUCUCAACUUCCGAUUUGUCGUCCGUUCAUUCUAAUCGAUCAUUGAAAACUAAUACACACGUGGUUCUAUAUACAGAUAUAUGUAUAUAUGCGUAUAUGUAUGUAUAUUGUUUUCUUUCAAAGUUUUCGGCGUGUAGUUGCAGUUUGUUCGAGCGUGUCCCACCAUCGAUUUGGGAGUCACGAGAUCGCCUUCUGUUUUUGCGGUUACGUCGAGCGUGUCUCCUCUUCGUGCGGAUUCGUCGGUAAUCGCGACACAAGAUCGAAGGUGUCGUUUGGAAUUCGAAAGGUAUCGGGGGGAAAAAGAAAGUGCGUCGAACUCGAAUGGGACCCGUUCGAAUUUGGCGCCAAAUCGAUCGUCAUCAAGGAACGACCAUUAUAUACGUACAUACAUACAUAAGUACAUAUAUACCAUUUAAAUCGGACGUAUACCGCGUGUUGUUCUCCUGUUGUUUAUAGUGCGAUUUUUAAUGUUAUGUACGUUAGAAAGAAAGUGACAUAGUGUUUUUUUACAAUAUAUUUGUGUGUAUUAGCUUAAAAAAAACAGAAAAAAGGAACAAGACGAGAUCUCUGUCUAUCUGUUUCUAUUUAUUUCUCUCUCUCUCUCUCUCUCUCUCUCUCUCUUUCUCUCUCCCUCUCUCAAGCUCGUCAUCUCUCUGAUGCUUCGACAUUCACGCACAUCAUUUCUGCCACUGGAUUAUUCGACGCGUCGUCGUGGGCGAGCACGUGGACGCUCGCCAUCCUCCUCUUCUUCAACUUUGUUUUCAUAUUACGAUCUUCCGCGAGAACUGGCCGAUUCGCCGGAAAAGAAGCUUUCUGUGAUAUUUGGGUGCACGAGAAAAUGCGCGUAAGGUCAAGGUGACGGCGGAGCAUGGAGACCAUGGAAGACAGUGGUGGGCAGCAGGUCGAUGCCUCGAAAGGGAACAUCGCACCUGGCUUACUGGUAGCGAGGAAGAAUUGUUUGAAAAUCGUUGAAGCUGGUAUCGAUGUUGACACGGUUAAGCAGGAUGAGAGGAGAACCACCAUCGAGAUGGAUCCAUACAAGGAACUUGAGCUAUACCUCGCAAAAGUAAAUGAAGAGAUUGGUGAGAUCAUUGAGUCGGCACCAUCUACUCCAUUACGUGUCAUCGAGGAACCAAAAUAUCCGAAGCAACAAGAAAUAACAACAACCAUCAAGGUAGGAACUUCGAGUUCGAAGGAUUCGACGAACGCUUCGAGAUGUUUGCCAGCGAGAAGUACUCGAAUUCCAAAGCAACAGAAUUCCCUGCCACGGGGGAAUAACAAGACAAUUAUCGGGGAUGAUAUUGGCGAGUGGUCGAACAGUAUACUUGCUGAGUUCAAUAGCAUAAUAGCGAAAGAGAUAAACGAAUUAACCAAAGAAAAAUCGAUAAAGUAUUUGGAAAGACGAAAUACGACAAGAAAGGAGAAGGAAGAACCGAAAACGAUCAAGUACAAAGAAUUAUUGAACGAGUUCGGUUUAUCCGAUAGCGAAAAUUCCGAGAAUAGUUAUUGCGAAAUCAACAGGAACAACGUCAAAAAUAAAUAUUGGUGUAACAGAGGGGAGACUUACGUCGACGGAGUCGACGUUCGUUCUCUUUUAAAUCCUGAUUCAGUGCCGAAUGAAAACGAGAUUUCACGACGUAAAAGCGGCAGUCUACCGGACAAUCUCGGUAUCGUUAUUGAUCAACAUAGAUAUCGAUUGGUCAAUGACGAUCGUCAGAGCAACGAGUUUUUAGCAAGAAACGUAAAAAGUCAUUCUUCAUGGAAUAAUAGAAACGUAUCUAGUCUACCAACGAGAAUAAACCGACCCGGGGAGGACGUUUGUAGUGAGCCAAAGAAAAUUGUAGAGUUAAGAAGCGUGUCCGACGAUGUACCGGUCGUCUUACCUCCGUCCUCCUCUUCCUCAUCUUCUUCAUCAUCUUCCUCUUCCUCUUCUUCUUCCUCAUCUUCUUCAUAUUCGUCUUCAUCUACGUCUUCUUCAAGAAUAAUCACAGUGGAAGAAUCGAAAACUAAACUUCCGCCUCGUCAACGAACGGAUUCCCAGAGGAAACACAGUCUUCCUGUUAUUUCAACGAAUCAGAAACGCCGUAGAGAUUGCCAGCCAAGGUUUCAAAGAUUUAAAGGUACUCAGGACGAUCAAGACAUCGGUAUGGAUCCAGAUUAUGACGAUGUACUCAACAAAAGCGACAAUCAUAUUAUAGCUGGUAGAUCAAAAUCGUUGGACAAUAAUGUACCGAAAUCGGCACCAGUGACGCCGACCGAAGAAAAGAAACCACCAUUUGGAAAAUUUCUUAAAAGAAGACAGACACCUGUCUUUCAUGAAAACUCGAACGACAUUGUACUCGUUAGAGUAUCCUCGUUACCCGAUCAGGAUCUUUUACAUUUGGAAAAUCGAACGAAGGAUGGUAUGACCUCGAAAAAACGUGCUGUUUCCCCUUUCACGUUACGUUGUGACAUAUCGGCGAAGAGACUAUCUGAAUCCGAUAGAGACGUAAGAGAGACCAGUCCGGUAGACCUAAAGAAAUUUUCAAUAUCAAGAUCGAGGGGUAACGACGUGGCAGUCGAAUGUGAUUUGCCUGAAGAUAGAAACGAUUCGGUUUGUGAAAAUGUUAGGAUUGAAAAUAGUGAGGUGAAGAGGAUCGUCGAGGAACAGAAUGCCAGAUCAGGAUCGGUAAGAACAUUGCCAAUCUCUCUACACUCUCUUUUAUUGAGAAUCAGAAGUGGUUCAGGCUCCUGUUGUCCCAACAGUCCACCAAUGGAGUCCUUUACUUGUUCGGAUAUAGCCACGCAAACUUCACCUCCCAUUUCAAGAAGUUCUAGCUUUACUUGGGUCAGCGAAUGCGAGUCUCCACGAGCGGAAUCGCAAUUGGAUUCGCAGUCGCUGCAAGACGAGAGCACUCUAGACCCACCAUCGCCUCAAGACACUGUAGAUGACGACAACAGAUCUUCCUCUUCCUCCCAAGAUCUUUUGCAAAGCAUGGAUGAGAUCUCAUCAGGGAGCUUGUCACCGGAUGCUACGGAUAGAGCUUCUCCUCUCGAGAGUGGAAUCGGUACGGCGAGCCCACCUAGAAGCACGGAUCGACGAUUAACCAAACCGCCGACCUCGAACAAGUGUCACAGAAAGGAGACCUGGGAAAGGAUUCGCCGGAGACCAUCCAAAUUGAGCUCGCGUAAUGACAAGAAUAAUCAAGACGUUUGGAUCAAACGGGAGAGCGUUCACACGCAAACAAAAGAUCACGAGAAUCGAUAUCUACAAGAAGGGAUUGACAGUAGCAGCGGAUUGGAUGAUUCCUUGCCGCGUGUUAAACCGCCAAGACCUACGAAUUUACCGCUAUGUCUGUCGACGACAGUCAGUUCGCUGAGCUCCGGAGAAUUAUUGGAGACCCCACCUCGAGCACCCUCCUCACCAUCGGCAGCAAGUCUGCAAUUGAAGCCGGAACCAUUGACGAUAGAAAUGGGCGGAAAGAGCAGUAGUGCGCCGUUGUUGGAGAACAACGAGGUUGAAAAGAAUGGAAGGAAGGUUUCGUCAUUGCAGCAGCCACGUUCGCAAUCGGAACGACAAUUAUCAGUUUGGCUCGCCAAUAGAGACAAGACUUUCACCCUUAUGCAACUUGCGUUGAAAUUAAUUACUCGCAAGAUUGAUUCGAUCGAGUUCGAGGGAGAAGAAGUAGGAGAAAGAGGAAGGAGAAGGAGACUUAGAAAGAGAAGGAGGAGGAGGAGGAGGAAGAAACGGCGGCGUUGUAACGACGAUGUAAAGAGUUACGACGUGUGGACACAUACAGCUUGCAUUACCCGUGAAAUCGAAGCACAAGAGGCUUGCAAAUGGUUACGGGCUGCAGGUUUUCCUCAGUACGCACAGAUGUACGAGGACUAUCAAUUCCCGAUCGAUGUGACGGGAGUGGCAAAGGAUCAUCCCUUUCUCGAGGCGGACUCAUUGCAAAGUCUCUUUCGGCGUUUACAUGCGCUCAAUCGCUGCGCUAAUAUGAAAUUGGACACGCAUCACUCACAUCAUAGUACAAGCCACAGCAAAAGCGGUGGUGGCGACGAUUCCGACGAGGAUACGCAAUGCGCCUUGAGCGAGAAUUGGACUUUCGAGAAAAAGACGAGACGGUGGUCUCGUGUGGGUGAUAUAACACAAGCAAACGUUGAGAGGUUGCAGACGAUAGCUGGACAGACGGUACAAUCGGAGGAGGAAUCCCUACAGGAUCGGUUAGAGGCUGAGGAAGCUGAAGAUACGAUGUUAGAGAACUUGAAAUACAGUAGCCUGCCACCAGGUACGAUGCCGGAGGAGAUCAGUCCGAGAUUUCGCAGGACUGGCUCGGAGAGGCUACGAGAUGGAGCGAAGGCCAUACUAAGGAGGGUCGAGUCGCUCAAGUCGCGUCGACGCAAGCGUCAGAAUCGUGACGGUGUCGUGAUAAGCGGGCCGCAAGUACUCGACGUGAUGUCGAUGCAGCAGAAAAUGAAAGAGUUGAAUUGCGUUGACGUUUCACCAACUGGACCGGCACCGAUCACUUUUAACGAUCAUAACAUAUCGAGUUCGCCUCUUCACGUUCCUGGCUCGCCGGUGACCUUGCCACCUUCACCUUAUCAUUUACCACCUUCCCUUCUGGCAAAUGCACCGAGCAGCCCGUUUGGUGAUGAUUCCUCGAGUUAUUGCUCGGAUGGUUCGCAAGGAGGUGGUCCGACGCCUACGCCAACGCGUACAAAGAUGAAUCGAGCACGUAGAUUGCUCCAUCGUGGUAGAGACGAUCAAGGAGCAUUGAGUGACUCCGAGUGUCAGCCAACCAGUUGGAGGCAGAGAUAUUUUCGUGAUGCCAAUAGCAAUCACGCAAAAGUAUUGGAAUAUGUCUCUGCUCAUCCUCAGAGUCCAAAGGAAUGUUCGCCAAAGGGUACGCCUAUCAACACACGUGGUGGAAGCCUCAAUCUUGGGAAGGAGUCACAAAGGUUCCGUGAUAAGUUGAGUCAGGGUCAGGAAAGGUUCAAGGAAGACAAGGUCUCGGUUUUGAAGCGAGAGGAUAAGAUGCACAAGAGUUUCAGACGUCGUGACGAGUCCAACAGGGAUGAAAAACCUUUGUCGAAGGACGUCACCGUUUACAGGGACAAAUCACACUCAAGGAGCUCAGAGUUGGGCGCUAGUCAGGAGAGCAGCUCCACCGUAGCGAGCAGAGAUUCUGAUCAAGAGGAAGAUUCUCCGAGGCACAAGGUCACGGUCGUCAGGUGGCAUAGCUUUCAAAGAGGGUCUCUAUAUCCGGAACCACUCGAUCCUCUUUGUCCUCGAGCUAUGGCUUCUAUGUCCUGCGGUCAGUUAUUGGUCCUUCGAAAAUUAGCAUUACUCAAACUAACGGCAUGCAUGGAACGUUAUUGUCCUACUCAUCGUACCGGAUGGAAUUGGGAGUUACCAAAGUUUAUCAGAAAGAUUAAGACCCCAGAUUACAAGGAUAAGACUGUAUUUGGUGUACCUCUGCUCCUAUCUCUUCAAAGAACUGGCCAGGCUCUACCGAAAUGCAUACAGAUUGCUUUAAGAUGGCUCAGGGCUAAUGCUCUCGAUCAGGUUGGGAUUUUCAGAAAGAGCGGCGUCAGGUCGAGAAUACAAAAAUUGAAGGUAAUGACCGAAACCCAAGGCGAUAAUAUCAACUUUGACGGUCAACAGGCCUUCGAUGUAGCAGAUCUGGUGAAGCAAUACUUUAGGGAAUUACCUGAGGCCUUGCUGACGAACAAGCUUUCCGAAACUUUCAUCGCUAUCUUUCAACAUGUACCUUUGGAACUUCGACCGGACGCCGUUCAAUGUGUCCUCCUCCUUUUACCAGAUGAACAUCGAGAAGCGUUGGAAACCUUGCUCGACUUCUUGAACCAUGUCGCCAACAACUCGCUCUACAACCAAAUGACAGCCUCGAACCUGGCCGUAUGCCUGGCACCGAGCCUGUUCCACUUCAACCACAGCAACACGAACGUGACCAACAGGCCGAGCAGCGUAUCCCCUCGUAGGAGAAAGACCGUGGGUAGUCCCGAUCCGCGGGAAUUGUCGGAAAACAAAGCAGCGCACGACUGUCUUCUGUAUCUGGUCAACAUGCAUCGUGAAUUAUUCAUGGUCUCAUCGGAUAUGCUGACACAGUGUCACUUCAAUUACAUGGAAGAGAGCGUUCCGGUCGCCCUCGAAGAACUCGGUUCUGAACUCAAUCAAGAUUGGAGGGGAUAUCUGAAAGCUUGCACGACUGCGUUGUUGAAGGAAGCAUGCGAGAAAAGUCGCGGAUGGGUCAGCGUUAAUAAUCCUGCCGAUAGCAGCGUCGACAUGGCUUACAAGAAAGUCGGUGAUGGACAUCCAUUGCGACUUUGGCGAGUGUCGACCGAGGUUGAGGCACCACCUAAUGAACUUUUACAUCGUGUCCUGAGAGAGAGACACAUUUGGGAUCCGCAGCUUCUCAAAUAUAGAUUGGUCACCGAGUUAGACAAGAACGUGGAAGUUUUUCAAUAUGCAACUGGGAAUAUGAGUCCUCUUCCUGCACGGGAUUACUGCGUGUUAAGAUCCUGGCGGUAUGAUCUUCCGAAAGGUGCAUGUGUUAUCGUUGAAACGUCGGUGGAACAUCCAGAUGCACCAGUUAUGCUUGGUGGAACUCGCGGAAUUGUUUUAGCUUCGCGUUAUCUUAUUGAACCAUGCGGUAGUGGAAAAUCACGUAUCAUGCAUUUGUCUAGAGUCGAUACAAAAGGACGCACACCCGAGUGGUACAAUAAAAGUUACGGACAUAUCGCCGCGCUUCAUCUCAGCAAGAUUCGCAACAGUUUCAAGCAUACCACCGAUGGACCGGAGACCAAAGUUUGAGACGAGUAUACCGUGCAGUGUGCGACGCUGCACGGUGCUUAUCCAUUUUAUCAAGAGACCGGGAAGACCAUGAAGGAAUCAUGACGAUUCAAUUUUAAGGUUACAAUCAACGAGGACUGAUGAUAAUUUUAUUAUAUUAAUAGAUUAAUCCCAAAAGAAUAAUAAUAAUCGUCAUCGAUCGCGAAUUUCAUUGUUUUAUUACGUCCUCGUUGUUGAUACGUCAGAAUUUAUUUUUUAUCGAAGAAUACGAUAUAUUGAAAUUAGAAUGAACAUCGACGUUGCCAAUUAUUUAAACGAUAAAGAAAAUUUUACGAGCGUAGAUAUAUUUAGACUUUUAGAUAGAUGUUUAACCUUGUUCGGGAUCUUACAAAUUCUAUGUGUCAUCGAUCGACAUGGAAAAAGGAGGAGCGAUCAAUGGCUAUAGUCUAUUUUCAGACGAAAGUUGUUGCCUAUAAUGGCGACUAGACCAAUAUAACGAUUCGAAUGUUGAUGUUUGAUCGUCUAAAGAAAAAAAGAAAAAAAAAGAAAAUGGAAAAAAAAUAUGAAUAUUUUCGAGUACACCGUCUCAUAUGAAGAACGUAUGUAUAUGUGUAUAUAUAUACACAUACACACACAUACAUACACGCAUACACACACAUGUACGUAUCUUCCAUUUGAUGAAAUAUUAAAAGUUUAAUCGAAGACCAUUUUGGAUUUAUCGAAACGGUCCUUCGUCAAUGUGUAUUCAUUGUAUAGCUUGUAAGUAAUUCGAGAACUCACGAGAUAUUUCGAUAUAUUUUUUAUUCAUUUUCCGGACCAAAUGCUAAUUUUUGUAUUGUAUCAUAUCGCCUCAUAUCGCGUUUAAAUAUAGAUAUAUCACGUCGAAAGAAAUUAUAUUCUUAUGUAAGUAUUACACAGAUACAUAAUACGCGUAAAGAAAAUGGAUGUAUAAAUAUCGUGUAUGUACGUAUAUAUGUAUGUAUUUAUAGGUGUAAGUUUUGUUGAUUUAGGACAUUCUGAUCAAAGUGCAUUCUCGCGUACUUCGUUACAUAUUCGCUAAUUAUAAUUAUGUUAUUGUCAUUUCGCGACGAGCGUUAACCAAAAGUGAAUUAAAUCGAUGAUAUGUAUUUCGGAACUCGAUGUUUUAUUAUCGAUAUGUAAACGUACAUUCGCACAAUGCAUGACGCUUAUUCGAAUUUCGUUUGGAAUACGAUAACGAAGAGGAGCCGUUUUUGAACUCGCAUGUCAAUCUGAUACUUAAUGUUUACAAAAAAUCGUCGUUUUAUGACAUUUAAAGGCACUAUUCGCUUGAAUAUGUCCAUUAAUCGUAAUAUACGUUAUCGAUAGAACGGAGCCAGAAAAAAAGAAAAAAAGAAAAGAGAAAAGAAAAAAGAAAAUUGUUAUUGAAGCUUUUAUUUACAUUUGAUAAUGGUGUAAUGAGAAUUUUUAGAACAUAUGCGUGUAAUGAUGGCAUAGUAGGUAAAUUUAGGGACCAUCUUCGUUUCGAGCUUAUUAUCAAAUGAUCUGUGCGUAAGACAUACUUCCCAGGAAUAAUAAAGAAAAGGAAAAGAAAACAAAUCCAUAUUUUAACAUAAUAUACUAGUCACUUACAUUAGUUUAAAUUGUACGUUCGAUAAAUGUAUAAAUUUCUCUUUCGUCUUUUUUUUUCUUUUUUUUUUAACAUCAUCUCGUCAAAGAUAUUUAAAAUAAUAUUAUUAUAAUUAUUAUUAAGUUUAUUGUUGCAAUUGAAAGAAGAUUGUAGAAAACUUUUUUCGACAAUGAUUUCGAUCAUCUCGCGAACGUCGAUACUGUUUUUAAAUAAAGUGAAAAAUCAAGUGCAAAGGUAGUAAAAAUGAGCAUUACAUUUUCCAAAAAUAUGAUAUUAUAGAAAUUCUAUGAUACGAACUGUAUGUAUGUAUAUGUAAUAAAAUUAUUGCGUCUAAAAAUAAAGAAAAAAACAAAAAAAAAAAAAGAAAAUGGAAGAAGAGAAAAGAAAUUUUGAAACAUGAUAGAAAGAAUGUUGUAUUUUAUCGUGUCUGUAAAGUACAUAUGAACGUCUUUAUUCUUAUAAUCUAUGUUCCAUUAGAAUGUACAUAUGUAUAUUACAUGAUAAUGAAAUGGAAUUAUAUAUUCAUUAAAUGGCGAUUCUUUUUGUUAA